UUACAUUUUUUUUUUUUUUUUUUGCCAGUGAUAGACGAUAAAGCGCGGUCGUUAUAGACAAAGGUUGCGCCAUAGAAUACCUACCUACAAGCAAACACCAUCACAGCCCAUCGUCACUCCCGCCAUGCCUUUCAACACUGAGCUCACGCGCCGUCUGGGCAUUCGCGUCCCCGUCGUCCAGGGCGGCAUGAUGCACAUCGGCACCGCCGACCUCGCCGCGGCCGUGUCCAACGCCGGCGGCCUGGGCAUCAUCACGGCCCUCAUCUUCACCACGCCCGAGGCCCUGCGCGCCGAGAUCCAGCGCUGCCGCACGCUGACCAAGAACCCGUUCGCCGUCAACCUGACGCUGCUGCCGUCGAUGCUGCCGCCCGACUACCCGGCGUACGCGCAGGCCAUCAUCGACGAGGGCGUGCGCAUCGUCGAGACGGCGGGCAACUCGCCCGGCCCCGUCAUCCGCCAGCUCAAGGCCGCCGGCGUCACCAUCCUGCACAAGUGCACCACGAUCCGCCACGCCCAGAGCGCCGUCAAGCUGGGCGUCGACUUCCUCAGCAUCGACGGCUUCGAGUGCGCGGGCCACGUCGGCGAGAGCGACAUCACAAACUUCAUCCUGCUGAGCCGCGCGCGGCAGACGCUCAAGACGCCCUUCAUCGCGUCGGGCGGCUUCGCCGACGGCCAGGGCCUCGCCGCGGCGCUGGUGCUGGGCGCGUGCGGCGUCAACAUGGGCACGCGCUUCAUGUGCACCGUCGAGGCGCCCAUCCAUAACAACAUCAAGGAGGCCAUUGUCAAGGCGCAGGAGACGGACACGACGCUGCUGCUGAGGCGGUGGACCAACACCACCAGGCUGUUCAAGAACCAGGUUGCGCUGGAUGCCCUCAAGAUUGAGAAGGAGAGCAAGACGGGCGAGUUUGCAGAGGUGGCGCCGUAUGUGAGCGGCAAGAGGGGCAAGGAGGUGUUUGUCAAUGGAGAUCCCGAAUUUGGCGUCUGGACGACGGGUCAGGUCAUUGGUCUGAUUCACGAUAUUCCCACGUGCGGUGCGUUGGUGGCUCGCAUCGAGAAGGAGGCCGAGAGCUCUCUGCGGGAGAAGCUGUCCUUGAUUGUGCCUGACACGAAGCUAUAAGAAAAAAGAGAGAGAAAAAACAAAUUGAUCUGUGGAUGAUAGAAUAUGUUUCUUUUUUUUUUUUUACUUUGCGGAAUGAAACGGUACCCAAAUUAACUUUUUUGUAUUAUAAAGUCAUGUCUAUACAUCUCUGUAUGGUCUUAAUGCGAUUCAAUCAUGAAAC